UGGUCAAACUCGACAUCUGCUUCAGUUCUGACUGUACAGCACGUACCGAACCGACGUCUUCAGUUCCAGAGAUCGCAUUUAUAUGUGACAUUUUAUUAGCUACAAUAAUAAUAUAUUGAUGAAUGCAUGUGUAUUCACAAAAAAGGAGCAGCGUGUGAUUAAUACGAUUAAAACGAUUGCUGAUAUGGACCACGUCGAGAAAACACUGAACUGAAAGAAAAACUAUGGCUUCGGCACAACCCCCAAACUUCUCCUGGGUAGAUCCUGGUAAGGUCGCGGGCCUGGCAAUGCCCCGAAUGACGGCCCACUACCAGUACCUGCUGAACAACGGCAUCAAACACCUGGUGACCCUGAGCGAACGCAAACCUCCUUACCACGACACCUGCCCAGACCUGACCCUUCACCACAUCAGGAUCCACGACUUCUGCGCGCCCACGUUUGAUCAGAUCGACAGAUUCCUGUCCAUAGUGGACGAGGCCAGUGCUAAAGGACAGGCGGUGGCGGUGCACUGUUUGCAUGGUUUCGGGCGGACCGGGACGAUGCUCGCCUGCUACCUGGUGAAGAGCAGGAAAAUCACCGGAAUCGAUGCCAUUAAUGAGAUAAGAAGCGUACGCCGGGGGUCCAUCGAAACCAGAGAGCAGGAGCAAAUGGUGGUGCAGUUUUAUCAACAAAACAAGGCUACGUCUCUACAGCAACUCUGUUUCCAACAGGAAUAAAAUAUUUUUAAGACACUAUGUGAAACAUAAAGGUGAAUGCAGAUAAUGUGGCUCAGUUUUUAUGAAUUUACCUUACGUUUAUGCAGUUGUACAGCUUGCAUGCAACUUGAGGAGAGUCUAGAAGCAAAUCAUAUUCAACCUUUAUCCUUUAAGACACUGUAGUCUCUGAGGCUUGCCUUUUCAUCAGGACACUUUGACUUUACUCGUAGUGACCAUUGCCAAAGAAAACAGCUGCUGACGCUCCUUGAAGGUCAGAUUCUCUGGGGACCGCCGUGUUUUGAAGCUUUUGUGAUCUACGUCGCUGUAAGAAUAUAUAUAUACGUACACAAAACAAUCACCUGAUUGCACUGAUUGUACUACAGGUUUUCUAAACAUCUGAUGUGCUGAAACAGUUAGAAUAGUCUUUUUAAAAUUAUGAUCAUUUAAAGAUGCAGUCCUUUUUUUUUAAUUUGUUUAGAAAUUAUCCAAAAUCAAUAUUUGAGAACAUGCAUAACUAUAAUUUGCUUUUCGGUUUAAAAGAAUUUCUUAAUAUAAAAUUAGGACGUUGUGACAAUUGUUAUAAUGUGUUAC